AUGAUGCCAUAUUCUGCUCGAGUGCCGUUACUGGAAAAGACCAGCAGCGCCACGUUGGGAAACCGUGCUAACCUAGGGCCGCAGGCGGUGUACAAAAUGAAAACCCCGCCUCAACUGUUCACCCAGAAACCUUUUGACACGCCUUUGACUAAUUUGGACCCUGCCAUCGCCGCUAGCACCACUACGGGCCAUGUGUUAUCUCAAGGGGUACCCCAAUCAUUGGAUCCCAUGGCUAUGGCGCGUGUGCCCCCUGCACCCAAUCCUUCGUUGCUUCUGCCAGCGUUUCUGUCACCAGACCAAUACCCCGGCGCACCAAAGGCUACGACUUAUCGGCAAAUCUGUAUUGAUCCGUCUCUGACAAAUUCGAGAGAGAAAAAACGGAAGAAGACCAAAAAAGAAAUCAAGGAGGAAGCGUUUGAUUUGCUGAGCGAUGAGAAACCACCUUACAGUUAUGCUACUUUGAUUGGCAUUUCCAUUUUAUCUCAUGCAGAUAAAAAGUUGACUUUGCUGCAGAUUUACCAAUGGAUUUCCGAUACGUUCAAGUAUUACAAGCGUCAAGAUGUUGGUUGGCAAAACCUGAUCCGUCAUAAUCUCUCAUUGAACAAAGCCUUUGUCAAGGGAGAAAAGCUGAAAGAUGGUAAAGGCCACUUUUGGUGCAUAAAACCGGGAUGUGAAGAACAGUUUUUAAAGCUGAAAACCGUUCGCAAGCUGAGCUACCAUGAAGUCAUGGAGCAAAUCAAACAGAAGCAAGCUCCCGUUGCUUUGCCCAGUUCACCACCUCUGGAUGAACCGACGCAACCUAUAAACUACAAAAAACGCACCCUUGAUGAAUUGGCGCUAGAAGCUUCGAGUAAACGCCAAAAAUUAGGAGAACCAUUUGCGGAUGGUGACAACAAUAGCGACAGUGAGAAAGCACCAACAACAAAUAUCGUCAUCGAUGAUUCGAUGCAUACUCUCUCGUGUUCAAGCUCAUUCUCAUACUCAUCGAACCUCGAGUUGAGCCCAACACGUCCCAACGAUCCCGGGCCUUUGUUAGAACCUCUAACCCCGGCGCUUUUGGGACUGAAAAUAAAAGGGUCGAUGCUCAAGCCCCCUCAACUUACAGCUGGGCUGCUGGUCACCCCCCAGCUGCAAAAUACCCCGAAAGUGUUAAAGACGCCAUUAAGAAAUCUUAAAACUCCCCAAACGCAACUGAUAGUGAGAAAGAUGUGGAAUCUGCCUUCUUAUCUUGAGGAGUUUUAUUCGCCAUUGGUGCACGCCGCGCAUGGGGGCCGCCCGACGAUUUUUAAUCUGUAUGAUGAUGAAGACAUGGUCUUGAGACCUGUACAUCAAUCGCCAGCAUUCAGAGGUCGUCCUGAUUCUCAAUUGAGCCCAACAAUGUGCAGUCUGCGUAACUUAAUGUUUGACUUCAAACGGGCUCAACUUGAGGAGGAGGAAGUCGUCAACAAACGAAACGAGUAG